AUGAUUAAGAGGGCUUUGAUGUGUACAACAACAUUGUUAUCCCAGAAAACAACUCGUACCUCCUCCAUAGCUAACAAGAUUAUCAGCCCUUUUCUCACUGCUAAUACUCCCAGAAACACAAUGACAAUGACGAAGAAGGAGAAGAUGCCCGCUGUACUGUACCAUUAUCCAUGCCCGGAUGGAGCUUUUGCCGCAUUGGCUGCCCAUCUUUACUUCUCUGCCUCUUCCACUCCUGCCCUGUUCUUCCCCAACACCGUCUAUUCCCCUCUCAGGCCUGAAGAUCUUCCUCUGGAUGAAAUUGACCAUGUUUAUCUAUUGGAUUUUGUGGGUCCAUCUGGUUUUGUUGAUCAACUGUCUUCAAAAGUUAGCAGGGUCAUCAUUUUAGAUCAUCAUAAAACUGCACUUGAAUCAUUAGGUACGGAAAUUUCAGUAAAUGGACAUAGUAAUGUGAUCAAAGUGAUAGACAUGCAAAGAAGUGGUGCUACAAUUGCUUAUGAUUAUUUCACCAAGAAGCUAUCAGUAGGAGAUGGAAGUAAUAUUGGUGGUGACCAGCCAGUGAAGGUUGCUGAAUAUGAAAGAGUUAGGAGAUUGUUUGAGUACAUUGAGGAUGCAGACUUGUGGAGGUGGCGCCUUCCCAACAGUAAAGCUUUCAGUAGUGGCUUGAAAGAUAUGAACAUCGAGUUUGACUUUAGAGUCAACCCCUCUUUGUUUCAACAGUUGCUUUCACUGGACGUUGAGGAUAUCAUAAGUCAAGGCACAGCGAGUUUGGCUCAGAAGCAGAAAUUGAUACAUGAUGCUCUUGAGCAAUCAUAUGAAAUUGCACUUGGAGGUGGAGCAUUUGGCCAUUGUCUGGCUGUUAAUGCAGAUUCUGUUGCUGAGCUCAGGAGCGAACUUGGUCACCAGUUAGCCGAUAAAAGCCAGGAGAUGAAGUUGAGGGGAAUAGGAGCUGUUGUUUACCAGGUGCCAGAGCUUGAAAAUGAUCAAUUGCUGAAAAUAAGCCUCAGAAGUACUAAGAAUGAGGACACUACGGAAAUCUCAAAGAAAUUUGGUGGUGGAGGUCAUCGAAAUGCUAGCUCAUUCAUGCUGUCCUCUUCUGAGUUUGAGAAGUGGAGUGAUCUUGGUGUUAUGGUAUAUGAAUCACUGAUAACUCAGGCCGUUGAUUCAUCUAUACAUCUAGAUCAAAUGCAGCAGUUAGAUCGAAGGAUUUAA